UGUCGUCGUCCAAAAUGUAAAAACACACGGCCAUCUUGAAGACACUGAAUGUUGUUUUUUUUUUAAUGUUUUUAUUUUGAUGUUUUGGAAAAUUGUUUGAAAUUUUUUUAUCAUCAUGUCACUCUUAAAUAUCAAUGAUAAUGAUUUUAUAUCAGAUCAAUUUUCAUACGAAGGAAAUAAUAUCCUAGAUUUUUUUGACGAAAACAUGGUAUUAAAUAAUCAACCUGAGCUAAAAAUCAUAGAUCAGCCAGUAGACAAAUAUAGAUUUAGAUACAUGUCUGAAUGGGUGGGCACCCAUGGCAGUCUUGGAAGCACAAAUACAAGAAAAAAACAAGGACCAACAGUCAAGCUGGAAAAUUAUUCUGGACAAUCAGCAAUUAUUCGAUGUACAUUGUCAACAACAGAUAAUAAUCGUAGAGAUGUUCAUGCACAUCGUCUUGUCACAAAAGAGGGAAAUUCUGAGGAUGAUGAACCUUAUGAUAUUGAAGUUAAUGAAAAUAAUAAUUGGACAGCUUCAUUUGAUGGCAUCGGGAUAAUUCAUACAGCAAAAAAAAAUAUAAAAACAGAAUUAAUCAAAAAAAUGCAACGUAAUUCUCUUGAUAAACUUAGAUAUCAAAAAAAAAAAAUUGACGUUAAACUUUCACAGCUAGAAGAGAGUAAUAUUAAAAUGAAUGCUGAAAAAAUACAAAAAUGGAUUGACUUAAAUAGUGCUGCACUUUGUUUUCGUGCAUAUAAACUUGAUGAUAAUAAAAUUUUACAUCCAAUAACAGAUCCAGUGUACUCUGAUGCAAUAAAAAAUACAAAAAGUGCAUUAACUGGAGAAUUAAAAAUUUGUCGAAUUGAUAAAGUAACAGGCAGUUGUCUGGGUGGAGAAGACGUUUUUCUCCUAGUAGAAAAAGUGUCUAAGAAACAUAUUAAAGUAAAAUUUUUCGAGAUUGAUGAUGACGACGAAGAAACAUGGUGUGAUUAUGGAAAAUUUACUGAACUUGAUGUUCAUCAUCAGUAUGCAAUUGUGUUUCGUACACCAGCUUAUAAAGAUCGGCAAUUGACUGAAGAAAAAGUUGUCUUUAUUCAACUUGAAAGAACAACAGAUGGAGAUUCUUCUGAGCCUGUAAAAUUUACAUAUCAACCAACAGAUUCAUUGAGAUUAAGAAAACGUCCAAGAAUAUCAACAACUGACACUACAAUGUUUACAUCAGGAGAAUUAUCACCUGAAAAAAAUAAUUUGUCGCAUGAAGAAGUGAUACUUACUGAUCCUAAAACUAUUCCAAACUUUGAUGCAGUAUUUUUCGACGAAUAUUUUCAAGUACUUCAAGAAGAUGAAAGUACUUCAUCACUUUGUACUGAUAGUAAAACUUGUCAAAGUCCAACACCAUCAUCAGAUGAUGAUGAUGAUGAUGAAUUUGCUCCAUCAAUACUGAGAAAAGUUAUCAAUGAAAUUAAAAAAAAUCCUAAAGAUACAAAAGAAGUUAUGAAAUAUUUAAAAGAACGAACACACUUGGGUGAUACUUUUUUACACUCAGCAUUGCGUUACAAUCAAGACAAAGUCUUGAAAUGUUUUUUAAAUAUUAUUGCAAGUCGCAGAGACCUUAAAUAUCUUGUCAACAUGAAAAAUGACAAAGGGCAAACACCAUUACAUUAUGCAGUAAUUUUAAAUCAGCCAGCAAUUGUUGAUGAACUUUUAACUCUUGGUGCUAAUCCUGAUUUAUGUGACAAUAACAAAUUAUCAGUGAUUCAUGAAUCUGUAAAGGAUGAUGAUACAUUGGAGUGUCUUAAUAUGUUGAUAAAAGCACAAGCAAAUACUGAGUAUGAAGAUGUUACAGGUAAAACUGCAUUACAUCUUGCAGCUGAAAGUGGUUCAAUUGGUGCUCUUGAUAUUCUUGUAAGAGCUAAUGCUGAUGUUAAUAAAAUUGAAAAAAUAUGUGGACGUACAGCAUUGUAUAUUGCAGUUGAGCGUGGACAUGCUAAAAUUGUUGAAUAUCUUCUUGAAAAAACUAAUAUUAAUAUUGAUCAAGAAAGUUAUUAUGGUAAUACAGCUGUUGAUGCUGCUCUUGCAAGAUCACCAGGAGCAAAAACAAAUGAAAUAAUAAGUCUGCUCGAAAAACAUGGAGCUAAUAUUAACGUUAAUAAUAACAAUGAUGAUACUGACAGUGAUAGUGAUGAUCAUGAAGACUAGAGACCACUCUCUAGUCUCCAUUGUGAUGAUGACAAUUCACCUUCACCUCCAAGUGCAUCUUGUACUUUUAAUUUUAAUUCAAAUGACAAAAAACAAUCAAGACAAUCAUGACAAUAAUUCUUGUCUAGAUGACUAUAAGAUUAAAAAGUUGGUAGACAUUUUAAACAUCAACAAUAAAUAAAAAAUAAUUGCUGAUAAAAUUAACUGCAGUUAUUUAUCAACAACUUUUAAAAAUCUUCAAAAAUUACAUGAUCUAUUUGUUGAGCUAAUGAUGAUUGAUGCUGAAAAUUUUAUUCAUCAAAUUAUCAAUAAGUAUUCAACGAAAAAAAAUCAAGUUAAUGACGUUAUAUAUUUUAUAAAAAUUGUUUUUUAUUUUUAUAUUUAUUAAUUUUAAUAAAAUUAUUAAUAAAGAAACUGAUAUAUAUUAUAUAAGUCAUAUUUGUUAUUAUUAUUAUUAAUAAUAUUUUAGGAUUCACUAUUUUACUAUUACAUUAUAGAUAUAUUUUUAUUUUUGUCUUUGUUACAUUUAUUAAUUUCGCUAUGCUAUUUUAACUUAGCAUACAUACAGAUAAUUAUUUAACAGAUGUAAUGAUGAGUGACAAAUUAAAAACAAGAUAAUUAUAAAUUGUAAUAUAUAUUUUUUUUUAAUUUUAAUGAAUUCAUUGAGUCUGUCAAAUUAAAUUAUAUAUUCCAACUUUUAUUUUAUACACAUUUUAUUUCAUCCGAGUGUCAGCUGCAUUUCACCAUCCAAUUGAAAAUUUAUUUAAUUUUUUUUUCUUUAUAUUUUUAAUUAGAUAGAAGAAAAAAAAGCUAAGAAGUUAGAUGAAAAAAUGCAGUAGACGAUAAAUAUUUGUAGGAAUGUUGAAAAAAGAAAAGAAAUUUUUUUAUUUUAUUUUUC